AUGGAAAUAGCACUGAAAGACGCGGGCAUCGCUCCCGAUGACGUAGGGUAUAUAAACGCCCAUGGUACAUCAACGUUCUACAACGAUAAGAUAGAGACAAUGGCUAUAAAGAAGGUGUUUGGGCCGCAUGCAACAAAGCUGCUUAUAUCUUCAACUAAGCCGAUGACAGGUCACUGCUUGGGUGGCACUGCCGGGAUAGAGACUGUCGUAGCUGCCAAGGUACUACAGACGGGAGACGUGCCAGCGACGCUGAAUUACAGCACGCCUGACCCAGAAUGCGAUUUGAACUAUGUGCCGAACAAGGCUGUCCACGUGGAUGAGCCCCUGAAAGCGGUUCUGACUGACACCUUGGGAUUCGGUGGUCAUAACGCUGCGCUGGUACUGACGCCAUAUAAAAAGCUCUGA